AUGGGCGGCGGUCCAGAAAUCCCACAAAUCCCAGCCAUCAGAGCACGCCACGAUGCCCUCAAACACACCUACCGAACGGCCCUCGACAACAUAGAAGAAAUCCUCCUCGGCCCCAGCGUCCUGCAAAACCUGCACAUCAAAAACGUCCCCUUACCACUGAAUAAUGGACAUCCCUGUCCAGCCAUUGAGCCAUCGUUCUUCACGCCGUUAGAUGAGAACAUCACAUUCAGGAAUCCUGACGAUGGAUUCAUGCCGAAGAAGUACCCAUCGCUUGAGGGACUAAAACCGCUGUACAAGGCCUGUAUGAUUUCAGAGUACAUUGCUGAAUAUAUUCGGGCUACGCUGGAAGACACGGAGGAUAUUAGUCUUGAAUAUUGGACUCAAUGGUAUGAUACGAUAUCCUUGCUCUACCUUACUCUCCAUGCAGUUAUGACCUACUAUUAUUGA